AUGCUGGCGCUCUCGUUUUUUGCCAAUUCCUUUGCCCAAUCGCUGAGUCUAUUGGGAGUCCAUUGCCUCUAUCGGUAUACGGUAAUUACGGGACGUCUCACCUAUUUUUUCACAACCACAAAAGGCAUACUAUGCGUAGUGGUCACCCAUUUUACGGCGUCGAUGUUCUACGUGGUAUUCUGUGUUUGCGGGAUGCAGCCAACCAAAUCUCGCACCGACUUCAGCCGGGCCGACAUGAAGAAGUACCUCAACGUAACACUCGACGAGUCCGUAUUCUACUUUGCGCCGAACUAUUUGGUGCCUGACGAGGCAGGCCGUGAAGUAAUCAACUGGGUAGAUCUGAUCAGCUCGACGAUGUGCCUUGUGCUCUGUGGCUCGAUCUAUUCCCUAAUCUGCUAUACCGGGGUAAAAUUGUAUUUCCAUGUUAAAUCGGCAGUAAUAACCGGGAAGCAGCGCCGCAUUCAGCUGCAACUGCUCUACGUGCUUUUGGCACAAGCGCUUUCCCCCGUCUUCUUCGAGUUUUUCCCAGCGUUUUGUAUCAUCCUGGGCGGCUUUUUCCAUCUGGUCCAGCAAACAAAACCCGGGAUUUAUUUCUCGAUGUUUAUCGCUGGCUACUCGGCCGCCGAUGCGAUUUUGGUGCUGAUAUUGUUUAAGGCCUACCGUGUCCGAGUAGCUGCGAUCGUCCGCAAAAUCUUGCCAUUCUUUGGAAAGUCAGAGAGCACCUAUAAAAUCAACACGACGACAAGCUCGUCCUUAAAAGCAGACUCGCAAAACAUUCCUGCU